AUGACUUGGAAACUAGAGGAAAAGAAAGGCACCAUGUCAAGUAUGGGAGGCACAAUACCGCCUGCUCCAGCCAAUGCCUCCACAGAGGCGACAAGUAAGGGCAAAGCAGAGGAACAGCCAGAGGAGCCAGUUAAAUCACCUGAACCAGAAAGUGAGGAGAGCGACUUAGAAAUUGACAAUGAGGGAGUGAUUGAACCGGACAAUGAUGACCCUCAAGAAAUGGGAGAUGAAAGUGUGGAGGUAACUGAAGAGAUGAUGGAUCAAGCUAAUGAGAAGAAGAUUGAAGCGAUAAAUGCUCUAAGUGAAGGUGAACUUCAGAAGGCAGUCGACUUGUUCACAGAUGCUAUCAAGCUGAAUCCUUGUUUGGCCGUCUUGUACGCCAAGAGGGCAAGUGUUUUUGUGAAACUACAGAAGCCAAAUGCUGCCAUUAGGGAUUGUGACAGAGCCAUCAAGAUUAAUCCUGAUUCGGCACAAACCUACAAAUGGAGGGGGAAAGCACACAGACUUCUGGGUCACUGGGAGGAGGCUGCUCGUGAUCUUGCGUUAGCUUGUAAACUGGAUUAUGAUGAAGAUGCUAGUGCCAUGCUGAAGGAGGUGCAACCAAGAGCUCAGAAAAUUGCAGAACAUCGCCGAAAAUACGAGCGGAAGCGUGAAGAAAAGGAAAUCAAGGAAAGAAUGUAAAGAGUGAAGAAGGCACGGGAGGAGCAUGAGAGAGCACAAAGGGAGGAAGAAGCAAGACGACAGGCUGGAGGAGCUCCGUUUGGUGGUUUCCCAGGUGGGUUUUCAGGUGGGUUUCCUGGGGCUAUGCCUGGAGGUAUGCCAGGUCUGAAUGAGAUUCUCAGUGAUCCAGAAGUCCUUGUGGCCGUGCAGGAUCCAGAAGUUAUGGCUGCGUUCCAAGAUGUUGUCCAGAACCCAGCAAAUAUGUCCAAGUACCAGAACAAUCCCAAGGUCAUGAAUCUCAUCAGUAAAUUGUCUGCCAAAUUUGGCAGUAAACCAUAAAAUCCCUCAUUCUUAAAAAUCAUAUCUGGAUGGGAAGGAUUGGAUUUGGCUAACCAGUGUUGCAAUAAAACAAACCA